UGAGUUAGCGUUCCUGUCAAUAACAAAUAAAUAUGCGGCUCACUUUCUACGUGAAACAGUAUAUGAUCAAAGCUCCUCACAUCGACUUCGUUAUCUCCUUCGAUAUACAAGAAGAUAUCAGGAUGAAGACUUUGAUAGUUAUCGUGUGCAUGCUGACUAUUAUAGUAAUGGUCCACAGUUUCAGCCAUGUACGUUACUACAAGUUUCAAAUGAAUUUAUGCAGGUGCGACACUGAACAGAAAGAAAUGAAGGUCAAUCUACCAGAGAGAGCACUCAAUGGCUCUCUGAUAGAGUGCGCAUUUCGUAGGGACGGAGCCGUAUUUGAUAAGAAUGUUCAAUACUCACUAACUGGAGUCAAUGAUAUACUUGAGGACAUUAUCUACGACCAAAAAUUAUUGGCAGAAGCGAAAGAAAUAUUUCUCAAAUGCUACAAUAAAACGAUGAAGGAAUUCCCUCAGUUCCCUAUAUUGAAAGACAUUUCUUACUGCUCCGGUUCAAUUUUAUCACUCCUCAGAUAAUCAACAUAAAUGCAAAUGAAUACUUCUUCGAUAAAAUAUACGAAACUUCAGUUUAUUGUUCACUACUUAUAUAUAAAUUUUCUUUAUACUUAAAUAUUUUUUAUAUACAUUAUAUAUCUAAAUUCUCUGUUUAAAA